UCUUAAAGGUGUAUAUACACUUAAUCGCUUGCACACUACUGACUGUACAAAACACACCCCACCCCUCGCACAACCGACUGUACAAAACACACCCCACCCCUUAGUGAAAAUAAAGUAGGCGGCACCUUCUGCGUAUGUAGAAGAUAGUAAAUCAGUUGCAGUUCUAUUUUGACAAAUUCAGUCAGGGAAAUGGCGUUCGUUUUCACUGCAAUCCGAGUGCUGUUGGGACUCUUCUUCUCAUUCGCUGGCGCUGUGAAAUUGACAGACCUGAUUUCGGAUGAAGUCUACCAGCAGAUGAAAACACAGUUUGUGCAGUUUGCAGAUGUGUUUCCUCUAAAAAGUUUUGGCUUUAAGCCAGAACCCAUGCAGUAUCUAGAGGCAGUAGGAUGGAUUGAGCUGGUCGCAGGGCUUUUGCUGGCAUUUGGACCGCGCCUUCUGCAGGAAAUCAGCAACUUUGUUCUCAGCAUCAUCAUGAUGGGUGCAAUCUAUACCCUUCUUGUUUUGAAAGAACCUGUGGCAAUGUGUGCUCCUGCCACGGUCUGCCUUGGUCUGCUGCUGCUUCUCAAUAUCCAUGGAAGAAGAAAGAGGAAGUCAAAGUUUGAGUAACAGACCAUACUUACUUCACAAAUUUGGGCAGUUCCUAAAAUAUCAUUAGCUGUGCAGCUGAACUCUUGUGUCUUUACUUCACUUUUACACUGUCAAGAAAAUAACUUCUGUUAGUGUAGCAUGUUUGCUACCUAAACUAAAAAAAAAAUUAAAAUUAAAAAAAAAAAUAUGCUGAACAUAGCGAUACUUUAUCUGUUGGUUUCACUACUAACCACCUGGACUAAAAGCUUUCAUUUUCCACUUUUAUGAAGAGAUAUGCAUGUUUUUCAACGUUUUCCACUUUGCUAUGCUUUUUUUAAUUUAAGAAAAUCAACCAAAAAUCUUAUGUGAAAAUGUGACUUUUGGAGUGUGACAAUGUAAUCUGGAGUACUCUGUCUCCAGCAUCACUGGACAAAAUGUAUGACAUUGGUAUUUUUUUUUCCUUUCUUCUGCUUAUGGUCUAGACUACUUUCCCAUGAUAGGUCAGGCAAUGUUGUUUUAUUAAGCUACUGUCUUUAAUGACUCAGAUGUUUGAAACUGAGUGUAUAUGUAUGUAUGUAUAUACUCAGCCUGUAGUAACCAUCUCAGGUAAUCAGACAUUUGCUGACAGCAAUAAACCAAAUGUACUUUAUGAACUAAACAAAUUUAUAUUACCAAAUGGUAGUUAUUGUGUUCCAAACACACCGGGUAACAAUAUAUUAACGGUGUGUUUUCAUCAAGUGUUAUCUACUGGGUUUCAGUUUUCCUUCUGUUGUAGUAACGAAAGUGGGAUGACAAGUUUUCAGAACAGUAUUUCAUCGCACUAAUUUGCAGCAAAACUAUUCAUGCAUUUUAAUGAUGUUAUAAACAAACUAAUGGGGUAUUAUAUUGAGGGUUUUGAAAAACAAAACUGGGAGAAAUUUCCAUUCUUUGAUCAAACACAACAAAAUAUGGCAUCUUGGUACACAUCUUAUGACUUUUUAGUUAGUAACACACCUCUUUUUUAUACCUCAUGGCUCAUCAGGGUCACUUCAGAAUUUCUGUGAAUUUAUCCCAAAGACUUUUGUGGUAAAAAAAAAAAAAAAAUCAUAAAAUGAUGUGUAAUGAGCAGUAUUAAUGCACUGAAUGGUUGGAGCUGUAAUUUGCAAAGUUUGGUUUUACUAGUCUUUUUGGUAGGGUCCCUUUCAUAUGUAUUCACUAAUUUCGUAUUGCAAUUUUCAGUAAUGGAUGUCAGAAAUAUAUACAUUGCUUCUUCCUGCAUAUAUCAUUAUAAAAUUUUUAUCAGAAUUUUAAAAUGGGUUGCGUAUGAGUUUUACACACUGUAACCUGUUAAACUACUGGGUGUAGUUUGUGUUGUAUAAAGUGACCAUGUAUGUGUGGGACAUAUCAUGUUUGUAAAUUUGAUUUUAUGUUAAACUGAAUCUGAGGACAUUUACUGACAAAAUAUAUCAUGAGAAAUAAAAUGUAGACCCUA